AUGAAGAUAACAGUCAAGGGUUACGGUGGGUUGGAGUUACUGUUGGUGCUGUGUGGCCUAGAUCUGUCGCUGCCUUGCCCUCACCACUGCAUCUGCUACACCUCACCUAGCACCGUCUCCUGCCAGGCACACAACUUCCAUGCCGUGCCCGAGGGCAUCCCGGCCCAGAGCGAGCGCGUCUUCCUGCAGAACAACAAGAUCCAGCGGCUGCUCCGCGGCCACUUCUCACCCACCACCACCAUGUUGUGGCUUUACUCCAACAACAUCUCCUACAUACAACCCUCCACCUUCCACGGCUUCGACCGCCUGGAGGAGCUGGACCUUGGGGACAACAGGCACCUGAAGGCCAUCGCCUCCGACACCUUCCAGGGCCUGGGGCGGCUCCACGCCCUGCACCUGUACCACUGUGGUCUGAUCAGCCUGCCACAAGGGAUCUUUUCGGGCCUGAAUAAUCUCCAGUAUCUCUACCUACAGGACAACCAGUUAGAGUUUCUGGAGGAUGACCUGUUCAUCGACCUGCUGAACCUCAGUCAUCUCUUCUUGCAUGGCAAUAAACUGUGGAGCCUUCGCCAGAACACCUUCCGUGGUCUGGGGGUCUUAGACCGUCUCCUUCUCCACCAGAACCGAAUCCAGUGGGUUGACCGCCAGGCUUUCCAUGACCUGCGCCGCCUCACCACCCUGUACCUGUUCAAUAACUCCUUGACUGAGCUUUCUGGCUCCAGCAUGACUCUGCUGCCAGCACUAGAGUACCUACGGCUUAAUGACAACCCCUGGGAGUGUGACUGCAAGGCCCUGUCGCUGUGGGAUUGGCUGCGGAGGUUCAGAGGUUCGACCUCCACUCUGAUGUGUGUUUCACCACCGGAGCUGGCAGAGAAGGACCUGAAAACACUGAAGAAGGAGGAGCUGCCCAGUUGCAUGUCAAGCGAGGGUCAUGGUGCCCCAGAUCGGGAGAUGGAUCAUGGAGAGUCUUUGAACCACUUGAAUCGUCACAGAAACCAUCAUAACCACCAUCAGCGGCCGUACUUGCCCAGCGGGGACCAAUACAGCUUGCCUUCACCUUCACCCCUGCCACGGCCGCCAAAGGGAGGCCGCAGGAACUGUACCCGCCGGGGUCGCAAGGCGAAAGGGGGUCUCAACGAGGUACAGGUACUACUGGAGGGGGAUGAGAAAGACUAUACUCCAGACGGGGGGAAAUUUGACCUGUCUGGAACUGGACGGAGGAAGAACAAGUGCACCCUCAGGACUUCUGUCGGCCCACCGAGUGGGGUCCAGAGAGCUAAUAAUAGAGCAGGGUCACACCUUUCAGAUUUUGUUAUCUGUUUCUCAUCAGCCCUGCUGCUGUCGCUCAGCUCUGUAAUCCUGCGCUGA